AACUGGAUAGAGGGCACUUGUCUCGUUCAGAAAUAUAAGACCAUCAUACUCUUCUCCUUUUUACAGACCUGUUCUGUACCAUAGUCCUGCAAUCAUUCCAACGAGCUAAACUUAUCGUAGCUUUUCCGAUACCACCAACGCAAAAUCCUGCCUGGUUGUCCAUUGGGCCUCUCCGAGAUACACAAUCUUACCAACACUUGAUCCGGAUAGUCGCCGUCAUGGGCCUAAUUCUCAAGAGGGAUAACGACGCACUCAACGUCAACCCGCUCCCACGUAUCUAUGAGGAACUCAGCGUCAAUGGCUCCAAUUGGCUUUGGGCUUGCUUUGCAAUCUACUCGUUCUUUUUUCUUGGUGUCUAUGCCCUGUCAUACAAGCCCAGAGGUCAUGAGAAGAUCUUCCACUACCUCUUGAGCAUCGCCCUGCUCGUCGGCGCCAUCACUUACUUCGCCAAUGCCUCCAACCUCGGCUGGUCUGUUGUGACCCAGGCCGACUCGGGUGGUGCCCCACGACAGAUCUUCUUCAACAAGUACAUCAACUGGGUCGUGGCUUUCCCCAUCGUCAACAUCCUUCUCGGUCUCGUCGCAAACUCCUCGUGGGCCACAAUCGUUUGGCACAUUGCCCUCUCCUGGGUUUGGGUCAUCAGCUACCUGGUGUCCGCCUACACCCCUUCCGUCUACAAGUGGGGUUUCUUCGUCUUCGGCACCGUCGCGUAUCUAGUCAUGGCCGCCUCCACCUGCGGCGAGGGAAGUGCCAGGGCGAAGCGUGUUGGCACCCAAAGAGACUACUAUAUCCUCGCCGGCUACUUCAAUCUCCUGUGGCUCCUCUACCCCAUUGCCUUUGGCAUUUCCGAGGGCGGAAACACCAUUGGCGUCACUCCCCACUUCAUCUUCUUCGGCGUCCUGGACCUCCUCAUGAUCCCUUUCGGUGCAGUCAUCUUCCUGGUGCUCUCCAGGAAGUGGGACUACAACGCUUUGAACCUGUACUUUACUCAGUACGGCCGUGUCCCUCAGGGCGGAAAUUUACCUGAGAAGUCGGCGCCUUCUGCUGCCGCGCCUUCGAUGGCGGCUCCUGCUGGAGCCCAGCAAGUCUAGGCAACAUCUUGAACACGGCGCAGUUCUAAGACGGAUACCGAUCCUUGCUUUCAGAUGAUUAAAGAACCCUUAAAAAAAAGAACAAAAUACCGUAAUUUCAUACGGAAAAGAGAGCACAUUCAUUUCAUAAUGGUCGUUGAAAGGGAAGGUCGCCAUAGACCGGGUGGAGUAUGGACUGGAGAUACCCUCGCUCGUUUUGUUUUAAUUCGGAUUCCUCUUGACGUUUUGACAGUCAAACUUAAAUAAUUUUAAUGGGGAACGGUAAUAUGUCAUCGGAAUAAUAUCUUGACUGUAGCAUUCAGCUAGGUUUCAUUUCUACAUACUUCUUGGAAAUCUAUAAUGGCCGAAUUGCCAACACUUUGAUUGACGAUACUGAAGGGGUGUCUCGAGAAGUAAGAGAGUGAGGA